AACUUACUUGAAAGCGUAAACACAACGUAAACGCGUAAACGUUUAUAAAUAUACCAUAACCAACUAUUUCUCGCGCCACUAAUUAUAAUAGAGAUUGACAACUUACUUGAAAGCGUAAACACAAUGUAAACGCGUAAACGUUUAUAAAUAUACCAUAACCAUAAACCAACUAUUUCUCGCGCCACUAAUUAUAAGGGUGUGCCUUGUGAGGUUGGCCAGUCGCAUUUCGUCCACGCAGCUCCUGGCUGAACAAUGGGUGAACGCAAGGGAGUCAACAAGUACUACCCGCCCGACUAUGACCCGUCCAAGGGAGGGCUCAACAAGUUCCAGGGCACGCACGCGCUGCGCGAGCGUGCCAAAAAGAUCCACCUGGGCAUCCUGGUCAUCCGGUUCGAGAUGCCCUACAACAUCUGGUGUGACGGCUGCGGCAACCACAUCGGCAUGGGCGUCAGGUACAACGCGGAGAAGUCCAAGGUGGGCAUGUACUAUACCACGCCCGUGUACCAGUUUCGUAUGAAAUGCCACCUGUGCGACAACUACUUUAUCAUCAAGACGGACCCGGCGAACUUGGACUAUGAGGUGGUCGCGGGCGCUCGGCGCCAGGAGCGGCGCUUCGAUCCUGGCGAGAACGGCACUGUCGUUCCCGACGAGCGCGCCAAGAUCCAGAAGCUCGCCACCGACGCCAUGUACAAGCUGGAGCACGGCUCGGACGACGUCGGCAAACUGCGAGACGCCGCGCCGGUGCUGGAACACGUGGAGCGCAUCCAGGACCGCAUGUGGGACGACUUCGCGGCCAACAAACGGCUCCGCGACAAGUUCAGGGCGGGUAAGAAAGCGGCAGCAGCGGUAGCUGCCCGGGACGCCGAUCUGCUGCGGAGGGCCUCGCUGGACCUGGUGCUGAGUCCUGAGACGGACGAGGACCGCCGGCUGGCCGCCCUGAUGAAACUGCGGGACCCCGUCGGACUGGAGGAGCGGCGGAAGAGGAAGCGGGCGGCCAUCGGCGCCCGGCCGGCCCUGGGCACUGUGGCGCCCCGCAGCGGCGGGUUCGGCACCGGCCGGGCCGCGGGGACCGGCGGCGGACGGACGGCCGCCUCCAUCGGGGUGGCGCUGGGUCGGAGCGGCGGCACUACAGGCUCGUCACCGACCGCCGCUGCUGGGGAUAGCGAGAGGGGUGAGCAGCGACUCCCCACCGCUACCAACACAUCAGACACCGGCCCCGGCGCCUCACCGACCGCCGGCCCCAGCGUAUCCGUCACCAGCAUCGGCCCUGCUGGUCCGAUCCCAUCUGUCACUAGUCCCAGUUCGGUAGAUCCGACCCCCUCCGCCGACCCCAGCCCCCCUGUUUCAACCCCUUCUACCGACCCCAGUCCCGUCGUUCCGACCCCCGCUGCGAACCUGUCGCUGCCGGGACCCGCCGGUGACCACCCGGCGCCCACAGAUCGUUUGAACGGCCCCGGGUCAGUCAUUUCCCCAGUGAUAACCGCUGCCAACCGGUCAAACGAUCGUUCGACCACGACCCCGGCCGGGCGGAUCAGCCUGGUGGCGGAGUACUCUUCAACAGACAGUGAGUGAACCCUCCGCUCUGUCCGGAUCUUACCGGUAUGGGAUGAGCCGGGAUACAUCUGCUUUGGCACUGCUCAGGAAUAUAAGAAUGUCUUUGCUAGCGUAACGAACGCCUUUUUCGUUUAGAGGCGUCACCUGAUCAAGAGCAACCCGAGGAAUACGCAUAUGUAUAUCGCUAUUCAUUGACGCUAAACGAUAAUUAUUCGCUGAAAACACGAACUGGCUGUGAGCUGGGGGCAGCGGCCUCGUUAGGUGGAUCGACAGUUGAUAUAGUUGUGUUUGCUAAUUGUUUUACAUAGUGUAGUCGUUAUUUUGUCAUUGGUUGUGCCGUGCAGGUUGCGACGAGUGUGCGAGGGCGUAUGGAUUGCUAGUAUUGCGAUAUUGAAUGAGACAAUCUAUUAGCUGGCUUGCGGAUAUAAUACAUACCUAUAUGUUCUC